GGGGAACGCAAGAGUGGAAGAGUUUUUUCUGGUGAGUUUUAGCUUAGUUUGUCGUAAUCAGCAUGCUUCCAGAGGAGAAGGAAAUCAAGCAGUUCACUUGACCUGUAUGGUAGGUUCUCUAUCUUUUUGUAUCUUUAUGUGGGCAUUUUUAUGGCCUCCUCUGUCUUGGAAGACGAAGAUUUUAACAGAUUAUUGACAGCUGCUCGAUCACAAUCAAAAUGAAAGCGAAUUGAUCCAUAUUUUUCUCUUAGUAAGUGCUUGCACUGUACAAUUCAGUUGGUUAAACCCAAUUUGUUUUAUGGCUGCUGUUUCUGAGAAUCAGUAUGGGGAAAAACAUACUUGGGGAGCAAAACGGCCAAAAAACAUACCCUUUGGUUUUGGGGGUAGAUCCCCCAGGGGACCUCCCUUGUUUCAAGCACCUCUCCGUCCUGUGGGCAGUGACUGUUUGUACGGGACCGUACACCGACUUGUAUUUGCUAUUCAUAUCGGAUUGAAAUUUCUAAGUGUUUUGAAAUGUCUGCUCAACAAAUGUUCAUAAAAGUGUAAGUCUCUUCAAUUUUUAAGGACAAAAAAUUCAGUGACAAUUUUUAAGGAAAAAUUUAUGUGGCAAGAUUGAGAAUUGAAUACGGGUGUAGCAUCCACAGUCUGCUACCUAAAACACUAUACCACUGUGCGUUGGCUGCUGAGAAGUGCUUUGAUUGAGUUAGGACACAGUGCGAGCCAGCGAGCCAUGCGAGCCAUGUGAAAGAAAAAUAGAAAAAAAUAGAAAAAGCAGCAAUACGGAAAAGAAAAAAAAAUAACCAAAAGCUAACUGUUGUAAAUAACGCCAAAAAGCGCUUACCCUAAUCUGUAAAAAUAGUUUUUAACCUCAAGCAAUUAUAGUCAGAAUCCCGUAUGAAAUGCAAAUACAAGUCGAUGUAUUGGUCCCGCACAAUAGCCACUAGGAUUCUGGGUCCCAUACGAAUAGCCACUGAACUCUUUCUUUACCUGUCCUACAUCUGCUUUAUUUCUAUUCAACACUUUCUUAAACACUUUGACCACUUUUGCAUAAAAAAGAAUACCUGUUCCCUUAACCCCUCACUCCCUUGAAAUCUUGGUGUGCUGGAUACUUUCGGUAAAUAUUUUUCACUUCAGAAACCCCCAUCCCCUUGAAAUUUACAAUGACCCUGGGGGGCGGGGUGGGUAUGCAUCUUAAAUGGUACAACAUUAUUGGCCAAUUUAUGGACAGAAGGGCAUAUCAAGCAUUACUGAUUGGGACUUUACAGGCAAGAAAAUUAAAAUGCCUCUGCAAAAGAAGGCUAUGACCAGAUUUAAGUUGUCUUGAUAUCUUGAUAAGAAAGUCUUAAGAAUCCCCUACUUACACUUUGCGCUCCUGUUAACUGGUAACUAAGUUGCACUGCAAUCAAACACACCAUUAAUUUUUGGAAUCACAAGAUUAAAAAGUUAUGCCCUCACAGUGAGCCACAGGAGAUUAAGGUGGAGUAUAUAAGAGGGAGAGCUUGCGACAGUCACUGAAAGAAAUUUCCUUUCCCCUUGGCCCAGUUAAAUUUAAAUACGAUUUGUGGAGAAAAUGAGAACCCUUUUUAAACGUGACUAGCUCGGGUCUCACAGUCUGUUUGUGUUAUGCGGGACUUAUUGUUGAAGCCCACAAAGAAAGAUGAUAUUUUUGGAACUUAGAAACUUCUUAAGCUUAAAAUCUUUUUGUAAAUUCAUAAACUCAGGUUCUCAUACACCAUAGACUGGAAGGUUUAAGAUGGCAACAGUAUUUAAGCCAAUCAUUCGCUGGGCGCAAAAUAAAGAGUGGCUUUUUUUAACCCUGGAGCUUACUGAUGUGCAAUACCCAGCCAUUGAGUUAACAAGUACACGCCUAGUCUUUCAAGGGUUUGGCCAUGGCGCCAGAGGAGAGCAACAGUAUCAUGUCGACAUAAAUUUCUACAAGCCUGUGGAUGUUUCAGCGAGUACUCACAAAGUGUUGGACCGCCAUGUGAAGUUUUCCAUUGCUAAGGUAUCUGGCGAGCAGGAAUUUUGGCCUGGCCUUUUGGGUGAUGAACAGAAGCCUGCAUGGUUAAAGAUUGAUUUUGAUAGAUGGCAAAGUGAAGAUGCAUCCGAUACUGACCAGGAGGAACUACAAAAUCAAGCUGAAGUGGAGAGAUUUAUGGCAGCAAGUGAUGCAAGGGAAUUGGAGCUAGAAGAUGCAAUAGAUGGAACCAAAGAAGAAGUCUUAAGAUUUGUUCGAGUAUUUUAUUUGAUUAUAUACAAUCUCAUGCAAGCUGGCUUAUUUCUGUACAUUGUCUUCGUUCUUUUGUCAAGAUUAUUUUUUCAUGGAACUGAUGCUUUUGCUGAUGCUUAUGAUGCAGUGAGUGAUGUUCUAGCCUCCUGUCAAUUGGCAGCCAUCUUGGAAGUUAUUAAUCCUAUAUUGGGCAUUGUAAAAACUGGCGUAGUGGCUCCUUUUAUGCAAGUCUUUGGUAGAAACAUGGUUCUUUUUCUUGUAGUGGUUGCACACAAAGAGCUUCAUCAACAAGCUGUUGUUUACGGCCUCUUCCUGGUCUGGUCUCUUAUUGAAGUUGCCAGGUACCCAUUUUAUGCUUCCCAGGUCAUCAACAAGAGAAUUGAACCUCUGAUUUGGCUGAGAUACACCAUGUGGAUUCCUCUUUACCCUCUUGGUAUCUUCUUUGAAGGUAAUGAUAUUAAGGAAUACAGUCAAAUCUCUUGUAAGUUGAAUCAGAAAAAUUGUCAACGUUAGAGAGGUGUUCAUUAAGGAAGGCUAAUAUUGCAGAGUUUGCAUGCUGCUGUGAUCAUGACUAAGUGUUUGCUCACGUAGUUUUGUGUUAGGAUGUCAGGGUCAGUGCGGGUUUUGGAGAAUACUGUAUACCAGUCUACACUGUAGGGUUUCUUAAAUUUCAUCGUGAGGUACAUGGUAUCUUUCACCUAAAAACAAAAUCAAUGUUGUUCUUUUACAUUUUCUUUAGGUUUGGAGAGUGUCCAGUUAAUUCUUUCAAGUGGGGGCUCAUAUAGACUAUCUGAGGGUUACCAAGACCACAUGCUAAUUUUUUUUGUUAUAUUUAACGUAAUACUUAUAUGUCAUCUGUCGGGUCAGGAAACCUUUUUUGUCCAGUCAUUGACCCAAGACCCCUCUCUUAUCUGUAACACUGUUUGGACACAUUGAGAAAAAUCAGGGUAAAUUUUGAGUAUAUUGUUUAGAUUAUUUUAGUAACCCUGGCUGACCCUGAAAGAUUGGACUGUAACUUGAAUAUCAUAGGAGUAAGGGGUUCUUGGCUAUUUUUUUUAAAUAUUAUUAUUGAAAUAAAAUUGUGAUGGGAACUUUAGAGAUACAGCACUAAGAUUAUCCAAAUUAAGGUCAACCAUUCAACUCACUCAAAAAAAGUUAUCAAAAUAAUAAUUCUGUCUUACAUUGAAAUACUAACACUAAUAUUUUAAUGGUAAUUUUUUUAAAUAAACACAGUACAAAAGGUUUGUAAUGGUUUUUGCUAUAUUUUGAAAAUCUUUCAAUGAUAUCCAUAAGUCUUAAAGGAAACAAAAUGAUCAAUACAAAAAUAUAGGUUAUUUAAAUAAUAAAUUAAUAAAAUGUAUGGAAUCUUUGGAUUGCUAUAAUUUUAAGUUAACACAGACUUUAAAGUCAGUGUAAUUUACAUUUUUAGUCAUAUUUACUUAAACAAUAGAACCCCAAUUUCUUGAACUUUUAGCUUUCCAAAAUUCCAGGAUAACAUGAACCAAACUUAACUUCCAUUAGCAGUUAGUUACAGUACUGUGAUUUUAUCCCUUGAUUUUUCAAACCUCCCAAUAACUCGAACCAAUCUUUUUUUACCAAGGUGGUUAAAAAAAAAUCAGGAUUCCAAGUUUGUGGGUAUUCUUUCUCUGCUUGAUUCUUUUCCAUUGAAAUUUUUAACAGGUACACUGGUUUGGAGAGCUAUUCCUUUGCUGGAAAAAUCAGAAAGAUUUUCUAUCAGGCUGCCAAAUGCCUUUAACUUCAGCUUCAGUUUUGCAUGGUUCCUCAGAGUUUACCUUGUACUCCUCAUUGCUGGAGGAUGGUACAUGAUGAAACACAUGUAUAUUUUGCGGUGCCGCAGAUAUGGCAGAAGAAAAAGAAAGAUAAGAUAAACAGAGGACACUGUUUCUGUAGAUAAUACCAGAGGAAUGUAGGAUUGAUGGACCUAAUUUGCUUCACUCUUUGUUGUCCUUUUGGAGUCAGGAGAUGAUGUGAUUUUGUCAAAAUAUUUGACCCUUUGUUUUGCAUCAGUUUGUCUGUCUGUGAAAAAGAACACUUGUAUUUUCAAAAAGAAAAGAAGAAAGCAAGUUAGGUCUAUUUUGUAUCUUGGUCAGAACAGUCACUUGAACUGUAAUAAUAUUACGGCUGUAGUUAUGGGUUUCAAGUUUCUUUUUGCCAAUGAGAUUCAAUGGAAGAAAAUAAUUUCUGAUGUGUAGAUGAAAAAUAUGUGUU